CGGGAUGGGCGGGGCCUGCGCGGGGCGGGGCGUGGCUCCGGUCGGUGGGCGUGGCCGUGCUCCCGCUCCGGCGGCCCGUGCAGAGCCCGGGAGCGGCGCUCGGAUCAUUACACCGAUAAAAUCAAGGCAAGCUGGACAGGGAGCAAGUCUGCCUAUGUAGAGCUGCCCUGCCCCACUGAAGAUGUCAGGCAAAACAGCCACCACGACCAACAACAUCGCCCAGGCACGCAGGACCGUGCAGCAGCUCAGGAUAGAGGCCUCCAUCGAGAGGAUAAAGGUGUCCAAGGCCUCGGCUGACCUCAUGCUGUACUGCGAGGAGCACGCCAAGAAGGACCCCUUGCUGAUGGGAAUUCCAGCCUCUGAGAACCCCUUCAAGGACAAGAAGACCUGCACUUUGUUAUAGGACAGCAGUGGGCACUCCUCCUGCCCAGCCCCUGCAGCCCAGCUGGGCCAAGCACCACCACUCCCCCAGGUACCUGCACCCCGUGGCACUCCCCGAGCCUGUGCAGAGCAUUCCCUGAGCUCCCCAAGGCAUUCCUGCUCGUCCCUGUCCCCCCAGGAGCUUUCUGACUCAAGCCCUGUCUGUCCUGGCCAGGGGAAUGGGCUCCAGGCUCUCUGCACGGGGGUCCUGGUGGCAUUUGCCAAGCCCAGCACGACCAAAGUUGCCUGAGCUUUGCAGAUAAAGCAAAGCUGUAGAGACCUGAUGGAAUCACUGGGUUUACAUUUUAUAAAAUUAGGGAAUUUUUUUUUUUGGGGGGUGGGGGGGUUGUGCCUGUGCUGGCAGCACCUGUUUGUGCACAGGCACAUCUAAAGUGCAUUUUCUAGCAAAAUCUGCCUUGCAAAAUGAUUGUAGCAGCUGCUGGGGAGCUCCAGGGAGCUCUGCCUCAGCCUUCCUCCCGCUGGCCUCUCAUCCCAGGGCUUCUAAAGGACAGAGCUGGGAAUCAGAGAUGCUUUCCCUGCUUUCCAUCCGUUGGAAAACCAGAAUUUCUGCUGCGUUUUCUUCUCGAAUAAAACACCUGUGUUAGUCUAAAACACAGCCCCAAAGCAAUGAGGAAAGAAAGAGGCUGGAAGUGCCCUGGCAGAGCUGGAGGAACGCUGCCCUCGCUCCCAAUCCCAGCUGGGUUCUGAGCAGGGAGUCAGAACUUGACUCAUUUUUAUAAAAAAAUCCAUUUUUAAACAGGAAAAAUGCCAAAUUCGCUCCAGCUUGUGGUUAUGCAUCUAUAAUUGAGGGCCUUUCCAUCUAGUAUAUAUUUUAUAUAUACACAUAAUAAAAAAGUCUUUCUGUGUGUG